AUGGACACUUGGAAUCAGACAGAGGAUAUAACCGUCUCUGAGCUUUUGUCUUCCACCCAGAUUGGAAAAUGCAAGGUUGUGGCUACAAUCUAUGCCAUAGAUACCAACUAUGCAUGGUUUAAGCUGCAUUUGAAGGUUAAAGAUGAUACAGUUGAAACAAAAUUGAUUCUUCUUGAUUGGAUUGCUACCCCACUGUUAGGAGUUAAAGCUGAUAAAAUUUUGGAUGGUUCAUUGGAAGAGCUAGAGGAUCCUGAGAUGUUCCUUCCAUGUAUCAUCGACGUUGUUGGGAAGACAUUUAAGUUUGGUGUUGAUGAGAUGCUAUUACAGAGACCAGGGCAUCAACACAUUCUGUUUCUGAGUGACGAGAGUUCUGCCUUGGUGAAGACUCCUUCUAAGCGAUCACAAUAUGAGUUAGGAGACCUGACAGACACCAACUCAACAUCAAAGAAGCGGCCUACAAAAAGUAUCAAAGUAGAAAAGAUGAGCAAUGAAGAACUGAGCUUAAAGAAGAGUGACUACCGCAACAAAUGA